AUGGCACUGUUGUCAUUGACACAGAUUGCACAUCAGUUACGAAAUGCUUUACUUAAUAAAGCCAAUAUAAGGAAAUCUUCUACAGAUAGUAAUAAGAAAUCAGUUGUACUUUAUCCUCGUCUUAUAAAAUCGGGUCAUGAUGCCAUAGUUGUAACAGCAACAACAACAACAACAACAGCAAAUGGCUUAAAUAUUCCAGUUACAUCCUAUUAUAUACCUCCUCGAGCACCUAUUGUUUUAUGUCAUGGUCUUUAUGGAUUUGAUAAACUUGGACCUGAUGCCUUCCCUUUAUUGCAAAUACAUUAUUGGGGAGGAAUAGAGAAUGCAUUAGCCAAACUAGGUGCAAAAGUGAUUGUGACAAAGGUGCCAUCUACAGGAAGUAUUUGGCUUCGAGCGUAUACUUUACAUCAAAUUUUAAAGUCUAUUUUAAAAGAGGACAUUAAUUUUGUAGCUCAUUCAAUGGGUGGUUUAGACUGUCGAUAUUUAAUUACACACAUGUUAGAUCGACCUUAUAAAAUUAAAUCUUUAACAACCAUUUCGACUCCUCACCGAGGUUCUCCUGUAAUGGAUUGGUUUAGAGAUCAUAUUGGUGUAGGCACCAUGACGAGUGAUGCAGCUUUAGUAGCAGCUGGAUUGACCAGUAAGAAUAAAAACAAAUUUUUAAAUCAAUUCAUUCGACUGGUAGAUACAGAGGCUUAUGCUAACUUGAGUACAGAUUAUUGUAAGCAUCAUUUUAAUCCUCACACCCCGAAUGAUCCAAAGGUUGCUUAUUAUUCUUAUGGUGCCAAUGCUUCUUUCCCUCCUUGGUCCUUACUCAAUCUACCUUCAAAAUGGAUCAGAGAAAAGGAAGGUGAAAAUGAUGGUCUUGUUAGUGUAGAAAGUGCAAAAUGGGGACACUAUAUCAAGACCUUGGACGCUGAUCAUUGGGAUCUAAAUGGUCAAAGAUAUAGAUGGAGACAUACUCGCAGUAAUUUCUUUUCGAAUAAUACUAAUAGAUUCAAUACUAUCGAUUUCUACAUGGAACUAGCCACUCGUCUAUAUCAAGAAGGACACUAAUAAAUAACUGAGUUAUAAUUUAUGUAGUAACCCCAACCCCUCCCCUCCCCUCUUUCAUAAUAUAAUAAUAAUAAUAU